AUGCACACAGACUCCCCCGACAGGCCCUGGAGCCCCCUCACCUUCUCCCCAGCGCAGCUCACAGUGCACGAGGGGGACAACGCCACCUUCACCUGCAGCCUCUCCAACGUCCCCAAGAGCUUUGUGCUCAACUGGUACCUCAUGAGCCCCCGCAACCAGACGGACAAACUGGCCGCCUUCCAGGAAGACCGCAUCCAGCCGGGCCCGGACAAGCGCUUCCAUGUCACGCGGCUACCCAACGGGCGGGACUUUCACAUGAGCAUCAUGGCUACCCGGGUCAACGACAGUGGAACCUACUUCUGCGGGGCCAUCUACCUGCCCCCCAACACACAGAUCAACGAGAGUCCCCGCGCAGAGCUCACUGUGAAAGAGAGAACCCUGGAGCCCCCCACAGAGAGCCCCAGCCCCCCACCCAGACUCACUGGCCAGUUACAGGGGCUGGUCAUCGGCAUCACAAGUGUGCUGGUGGGGGUCCUGUUCCUCCUACUGCUGACCUGGGUCCUGGCCGCUGCCUUCCCCAGGGCCGCCCAAGGUGCUUGUGCCUGUGGGAGUGAGGAGGAGCCCCUGAAGGAGGGCCCCUCUGCAGCGCCUGUGUUCACCGUGGACUACGGGGAGCUGGACUUCCAGUGGCGAGAGAAGACGCCGGAGCCUCCCGCCCCCUGUGCCCCCGAACAGACAGAGUAUGCCACAAUUGUCUUCCCGAGCAGGCCGGGGUCCCCGGGCCGCAGGGCCUCAGCCAACAGCCUGCAGGGACCCCAGCCUCUGAGCCCCGAGGACGGACCCUGCCGCUGGCCCCUCUGACCGGCUUCCUCGGCCAGCCUGAGUCCCUCAGACCCUCCACCAGGAGCCCGGACGGGUGCCUUCCCCGGAGAAGCGUGUACUGGGGAGGCAGUGGGGGCCGCCCCGGGGCUGAGCCCGGUGACCAGCCCUGCCUGCACCAGCCCUGCUGCUCUCCUCUCAGGACUUGCGCGACCUGGGGGCAGGAGGUGUUCCUGUCCGUGUGGCUGUGGUCGGGAAAGGAGACUCACCCAGGACUCCAGGCCCAGCCCCCUGAGCUGGUCACUCUCCAGACCUUCUGCUCUGUGCCUCCCCAGGGGUGAGGGUGGGCUAGCGCUGUGGCCUCAUGAGGGUCAGGCUGCAGGAGUCUCUGCGGCCCCCCACCGCCUCCAGGGGAGCCUGAUGCCUGGACACGGGGGCACAGGGACACCGGCUGGAGACCCUGCCUUGGAGUGGUCCAGUGACAUGCCCCCACAGCCAAGAGGUCCCUCGUGAACCUGGAGGGGCCCACGCAUGGGGUGGGGGCCUUGUGCUCCCCCAGGCCUGCCUGGGAAAGAGCUCCCAGCACGGCAGAGCAGGUGCCCAGGGCCACCCUCAUGCCCGGCCCAGCCCACCA